CUGGAGGAUCAAGGCCAAACUUUCCUUCACAAACGAAAAGACAAAAGUGGCCCCUUUCAAAAGUGGCGAUGGAAAAAUAUGCAGGGUAAUUUUAGAGGAUGAAACUUCCAAAAUUGUAGGCAUUUCCUUUGGAAGUCUGGCAGAAUGUGUUGCAUCAAAAGUGACACAUAAUAGGGAAUAUUAUAUUAAAGGAGCCAAAAUUAAGAAUGUCUACAAAACAAAUAAUGUGGGCCAUGGAUAUGAGCUUCACUUUGCAGAAGGCACAGAAUUUCAAGAUGCAUCUAAUGGAAAAAUCAUUUGUCUUGAUAAAAAAACUGUCCAAAGUUGUGAAAAGAAAGUCAGUAAAGCAGGGAAUAGCAGUGGUACAAGCAGAAAUGGAGGUUUGAAUCUGAAACCCACAUGUCUGAGGGAGGUUCGGCAGGCCUCUCAGAAUUUAUUGGAUGCCCAGAAAUUUGAUAUAUUGGCAAUCUUGAAAAAGACUAAAAAACCAGAGCCAAAGCAAAAUGGGAUGAUGAAGAGAUUUUAUAGAAAAGAGAUUACCCUUAUAGAUGAGACAGGGGAGGUAAUCCUUAGCCUGGCUUCUAGCAAGAAGAAAGAUUUUGAUAAACAUUCGUGGUUGAAAAGUACAAUAAGGGUGAUAGUAGUUAAAGGAUGUGUUUGGAAGAAGAAAGGAACCACAGUGUAUUUGACAGCCAAUCUGAAAGAUAUGAUCGAGGAAGAAAAACUGAAAACACCAGCCACAAAGUCCAGGGUUAGGGAAUUAAAGUUGUGGUACUGUGGAAAGAAGAAGAAGGCAACGAAAGGCAAUACAUCAAAACCACAGACUGCCAUGAAGAAACAAUCCGUCUCGAAAGCAAGCUGCACUAUUACAAGUCCACCUGUAGACCAGAAAGGUGAUUUUUCAAAACUUAAUGGAAAUAUGGCUAAAUCUUUGAAGACUAAAACCAGAAAACCGACUUCAGGAGUUUCCACUAAAAAGAAUAAUUCAGGUCUUGCUGGAAAGAAAAGAAAAUCACCAAGCUGUUCAACUUCUAAAGGAAAUAAAAAGCAUGGUGAAAAAUUGCGAAAGACAGAUGACAACUGUGUCUCAUACAUUGAUAGUGAAAUUUUUCAUAAAAUGCAAUUGGGCAAACAGAUAGGCUGCAUACAGUUCAGAGGAAAUAAUAGUUGCGGAACAGGAUUUAGAGUUGGCAGCAAAUAUGUCAUCACAGCAUAUCAUGUCUUGGAAGAUAUUUUCAGACCAUUUUGGAAGCAUGUCCACAAUGUUCUGUCUGUGAAAGAACGAAAAGAAAUAAAGUGGACAAAAGACAUCUUGCCAGUGGCUGGCAGUUGGAAUCUUUCCAAACUCUUUUCAUCAUUAGACCCUAGCAAACGAGAGCAUCUUCUAGAAGCAGGGAAACAUAUGAUAACAAAGUCCUGUCAUAUAAAAAUGGAAUUUACAAAAAUUACAGGAGGAACUUUUCUCAAAUUCUCAGAUGACCCUGUGGCAUUUGCAUCUAAGAAAGAUGAUGUUCUGAUCCUAGAACUUGAUGACAAUCAGACUUUGUCUGCACCCCUUAGUCUGACGGAAUACUGCAUACCCGAAGCAAAGCUUCAUGUGUUUGGUCAUCCAGAUAACAAGAUACUGCAACAUGACCGUGAAUGUAGAAUGAUUGAAGAUAAAGCAGAAUUAGCAGAGGUAGUGAAAGAAGGGAUAAGCUUUUUCACAGAAAAAGGGUUUGAUAGUGAAGAAGUCAAGGAAGAAUAUGCUACAUGUAAGCUCUCACGUGAUCACAUUUUGUUUCACUGCUCCAAUAGUAUUGCUCAUGGUGCUUCAGGUGCCCCACUUGUGGUUGUUACAGAUAUUGCCCGCGUCUUUGGAAUGCUUCAAACUGGUCAUCCCAAAUUAUAUUAUAAUAAUCAUUGUAAAGCUAAACCCUUGGAUGGUCGUCCAGAGCUGCUGCUUGAAUAUGGGAUCUCGAUGAAAAAAGUCAAGUCUCUUCUUGAAAGUCAUUCUUUAUUUCAGCUGUCUAACGACCUGUUCUCCCAGGAGUUGUCUUCACAAAUGACACAGGAAGUAGAAACACUAACACUGGAUUGAACUCAUCUUCAGCUGUGGGGAAACAUCCAAGAACAGCUCUAGUUAUUCCGAUUUGUUAUUGUUUAACAAAUAUUGUUACUGUUAAAGUAUUUAAUUCCAUGGGGUCAUAAUGCCUUGGAAACAAAAUUUCUAUUCCAUCUGUGAGUAUGAAAUUACGUGGAUAUAUUGGAUUGUUGUCAUAUGUCCUUAGUGAAUCUUAAGUACAUAUUGUGUUUGUGUACAUAGCGGAAAUUAAUCCCAUGCAGAAAAAAAGUACAUCUACAGUAUAUGAUUGCUAAACAAAAAAUGCAUACGGUAUAAAAAUUAGUACGAACACUGAUACGAGGGGUUAUCAAAAAGUUCGUGGACUAGCGUCAUAAAAUUAAAAACGCUUUAUGCACAUCAAUGAAUUUUAAAAUAUCUAGUUAGCAUAAUCUUUUCUAUCUAAAGAAUAAACCAUAAAUCAUAAAUUUAAUUUUUUAAUAAAUUAGUAAUAUUUUUGUAAGCAAUGGUAUGUCCAGGCGGCGUAACCUUGAACACGACGUUUUUGCGACCUAUGUGU